AGGUCAGAUAAAAGCCUGUUUAGUAAGCAUGACUAGAAAGGCAAUAAACCGGGGUUUUGGCAAAACCGUGUGAAAGUCAAACUAGCUUUACCAAACCGUCUCGAGAAAGUCGCCUGAGAGCGUUUUUUUUAAGUCUUAAGGAGAAUCUCCGACUUAGUAAAAAAUUAAGAGCAUGAUUAGUGAGGGUAUGAGAAGGAGUCUCUCACACUAUAAUAAUGAAACUUAGUGAAGAAAGAGGAGAAGGAACAAAAACAUGAAAGACGUUUCUUCAUUAAUAAACUCCCUAAAUUUAGGAAACAUAAAGUUUGGACUUUUAAAAAAAAAAAUCCCUAAACUUUUCUUAAAUACUCGUUCUUUAUGUGUUCCUUCUUUAUUAGCCCAGCAUAUUAUGUUUUUAAAUUUUUAAAAGACAAAAUAAAAAAUAUAAGUAAAUAUAUAAGAAAUUCUUGAGAAUUUCUCUUUAAUAUUGAUGCUCUAAUAUAUGUUUUAUUAAUUCAAGUAAUACAAAAAAUGUUUUUAAUAUUUCGGAGACCAUAAUAAAAGCUUAAAAUCAAAUUUCAUACUAUUUAUUUGUGAUAUUUUAGUUUUUUUCUUAUUUAUGAAAUUUAAAAUUAUGUUUUUAACAAAAAAUAUAUAAAUACAAAUAUUUUUAUUUAGGAUCUUAGAAAUUGCGGUCCCCAUACACCGAUAACUUGUAUAUUUGCGUAGAUGGAAUUUUGACUUUUCAGAUGAUGUGUUUUUUAUGUCCAUUUUUUCCUUAUGCCUAUUUGCAAAACCCAUCACCCGUGAAGAGAGAGAGAGAGACUACACUAAUCUCUACAAUUGAUGCACUCUUCUUUUCAAAAUCAACUAUCUCAUCUCUCUCAUUAUUUUUGGUUUCUCCGUCGUUACCAUCUCUCAUCUCUUUCAAUCUCUUUGUGUUCUCCGUCGGAGCCUUUGUUCCAAAAUAAACUCUCCGAUUUCUAUUCUUUAGUCUCACCAGAGUCUCUAGGAUUUAUACAAUUGGCUCCAUCUCUUCUUAUAUGAGCUAGAAUCCUGGCAUCCUUGCACAAUCACGUCGUCCAUCUCCAUGGAUUCAGACCGUCCGCGAGAAAUAAGAGCCCACAAUCUAUGCCGCUUCUUCCCUUGAAUCCAGAGGUCCGAUCGAGCUGAUUCCUUAUGCUUUCGUUGCUCCGCCUGCUUCUCUGUUGACGGCUGUUGUAGACUAGAAAUCGGAGGAAUCUAAUGGUGAUUGCAGAUUGGGCAAUGCAAGGAUGAAACCAGUUUGUAAAAGGAGAGAGAAUGGAGCUUAUGAGCCGGAUAAUAGUUGUGUUAGCUGGAAAAUAUUGUUGUAUGGCUUUUUCUAUAUUUAUCUUCAUAAUCUUUAUUCUAAGUAACAUUAGCUUGUUAAUACUGUUGUUUUCGAUAUUCACGGGGCUAACGAUUUUUUUUUUUUGAUAAGGACAACUCAGUUGGCUAAUAUAUAAGUUAGGAGGGUUAUACUUUGACUUAUACAAAUAUUUGGUAUGUUAGCUGGUAUCUAAUUUUGUUUACCGGAUAUUUAAGAAAUUGACGAUGUGAUAUUCUAGAUGUCAUCGAUGUGAGAGACAAGGUUUCACUUCUUAGAUUUAGGUUAGGUCAAGAGAGAUGAAUGAGAAUCGUGGGCUGAAUCCCGUAAAUAAACUUGAAGAAUGAAUAUGAUUUUAUUGAUGAGUUGAAAGAUGAUAAAUACAAAGGAAUGUAUCUUGUGAUGAUCAAAGAAUACGUAAUGCUUUUAAUCUAGUACAAAAGUUCAUCCAUGAAAAAAAAGAGAUCCCUUGUCUUUUAUCUUCUCCAUCUUUAUAUAGUCUAGGUUUCGUUGGCAACCCUUCAACUGUUCUCCUAGAUAUUUGGCUUCAAUUACGGAGCUCGCUUUAGGCUCCUCUUGACCGAGUCUCUUAAGGUGUUAGCUCACUUUCUGUCGUGACCUCUGCUAUGAUGUCUCCCAGGUCCAGUCGUCAGCUCGGCUUUCAGCUCCCUUUGUUAUGAUGGGCUUAUCGCAACCCACAUGCUAGCUCACGCUUAUCGGUACCUCACCUGAGGGUCAUAUUCGGGUCCAACAGUUGCCCCCAGCUUCCGAAUAAAAUCCUUUGUCUCGGAAGCUAGAAUCUAGCUAUCGAUCUUAUCUUUUCGUUAAGAUAAUGAUUAGUUCUUAUCCUAUUUAGAUUCAGCUUACUCGAUCUAACGGUCUUUAUUACGUUUGGCAGAAUCUAUGGUUCAGAUGGAGAGGGUUUGAAAUGACUUUUCCGAAUCUCGAGAGGUGAUGGGAUAUAAAGCGGUGAACAUUAACUGCUAGCCUUCCACUUUCUCCACGCCUCCGUUCGGUUUUCAAGAAAUCGAAGAUCCCCCGAAGCUCUCUACCAAGCUCACCAGGGCUCUAUACCGCAAGUUGCAACAGAGUCCCUGUACCUGGGUGGCCUACACCACUUCUCGAAUAAGUGCAGCCAGAUUCCCAGAUACCUACAACGCCUCUUUCCAAGAUCCCAUUCCUGCUGAGAACCUUGAGAGUGAGUUCUUGUCCGAACCUUUUCAAUGAUUUUAUCGCUUUGAAGUUUUUAAACUUAAGGAUUUCCAUUGUUCCAGUUUCGGCAGGCGAUUCGGUUGUAUCGAUCUCAACUGGUGCUAGUGCUUCGGGAACUGAAAAGUCUCAGCCAGGUGACAUGACUCUGCGACCGUCAUUCCGUUCUAGGGGUAACCCCUCUAAAGCUGCCAGUGCUUCUCGUGGAAGCGACAGGAACCAAGGAGGAUCGUUCCUUAUCUCAAUGAAGGAAGUUUUGGACGACGGAGGAUCCAAACCUGUUGUCGAGACUACUCCAACUGAGGUUGUAGCUCAGGAUGCUGCUCCUCUCCCUGAGGUCCAGGUGCCGGAGGCUGACUACCAGGCUCCGAAGGGUACCUCUGAGAUCGAGCCGUCGAGACACAAGAGGCCCAGGAUCGAUCAGGGCGGAGCUUCCAUCCGUUCUUCUUCCUCGUCCUCUAGAGGAGGGACUGUUGGGUGGAGCUUUACCCAUUCGAAGCCUGGGUCGAUCCUGGAUGACUCUUGGGGCCUAGCUGCGAUAAUGAGGCACCUGAAGAGCGUGGGAUGUCCCCUUCCAGCGCUCAAGGACCUGACUAACCGAGAUGAGUAUCUCGAUAUUGCCCACUGUAUGGGUCAGUUGGCUGGGGCUGUUAACAGGGCCCAGCUCAGGUUUGAGAAUGCUCUGUGUGCUGCCCCCAAUGCUGGUGAACUUGCUGAGGUUACCGAGAUGGUUAAGGCAGCCAAAACCGAUCUUGACCAAGCCCGGGUUCGAAUUUCUGAACUCGAAGCCGAAGUGACGAGGCUAGGCUCGAAGGCCGAUGCUCAGCAAGGAGAGAUCGAGAGUCAAAAGCUCGAUAUCCAGGUGAAGAGCAGGAGGAUCAAUGAUUUAGAGGCUGCUCGAAAGAUAGCUGAGCAUCAAGUACGUGAGCUCAUUGCCUCAUCCCGGGAUAGCCAGAAGAACAAGGAAGCUGAAGUCAAGCUGGCUGUCAGGGAAGGGAAGAAAGAAGUCGCCGAAGCUUACGGCAAGAUCCUGGUCUGUGUUAAGGAGAAGUUUGCUAGGAAGAAAGAUGAGGUCGACGCUUUGGUGUACGCUCAGGAGCUCCAAGCUAAUGCCGACCUCUUGAAGGAUAUGCUGAACAACAAGAUCCAAAGCGUUGAAGAGGAGUACAACCAAUUGGUGGCCUUAUUACCAGAAGCGACAACUGCGUAUGAGAAGGCUCAAGUCUCUGACUUCUCGGUCAGCAAGCUUCCUCUUCCCCAGAUCUCGGAGAGUUCAGUCGAGGCAGCAAUAGGAGGUGACGGCAAUGUGGUCGAUGAGGGAGUUCCUGCCGGUGCUGGUGAUCCGAUUCAGGAAGAGAAGGAAGAUUGAGAGCUACGGCUCUUUUAACUUUAUGUUUUGUGUUUUUAAGACUUCGGCCUAAGGGCUUUGUUUCGUUAUGUUUUGUGACUUAGUGCCUGAGGAGGCCUUUAAACCUUAACGCUUGCUGGAUUUCAAUAGCCUGGGGAGGUUUUUAAACCCUUUCUUAUGUUUAAAUCGUGGCUAUUAUUUCUGUUUUAAGUUUUUGAACUUAACCUCGUUUCAUUUAAUCAUAGUGAUUGCGAAUCUCA